CGAAAUGCAGAAUUUUUUUAACGCAGGUGACUUGAAUUGCCCUUUAAAAUGAAAAAGUGUAGCUGGUGAAAACACUAAAAAAAGUGCUCCUUUUUCUGUUUCCGAUCAAGUGGUAGUUAAUUACGCAUACGGCCGAUCCAUGGCGGGGAGGAAUCCACCGCCGUACAGGCCAAGAGGGGGAGUCAACUUUUCUUCUUCUUCCAGAUCCUUCCAUCCUUCCCGCAACUCGACCAAAAAUGUCAAUUCAGAAGAACGGAAGAAGGCAAGCUCUAGCAAUUGGGACAAUAAAGCCGCCAUUGAUGGAGAUAUUGAUGAUAUUCAGAAUUUAUCUCCCUUAGUUGGAACCUGCCCUUUCAUGUGUCCUGUUGAGGAGAGGGAAAAGCGAGAGCGGCUGAGAGACUUAGCUGUGUUCGAGAGGCUAUAUGGAAAUCCUGCCAAAUCAUCACCAAGCCUUGCUGUUAAAAAGUUCUGCAGGACUAUAUCCGGAAAGACUGUGCAAGAUUCUGAUGUGAGGCCUCUCUCAGUGUUGGAAGACACUUUAAAUUAUCUGAGUAACUUGCUGUACUCUACAGAGCAUCCCUUUGAGGUGGUUCAUGACUUCAUCUUUGAUAGGAUGAGAUCCAUUAGACAAGAUCUAAGCAUGCAAAAUAUCGCUUGCAGUCGAGUGGUCUCUAUGUAUGAGAGAAUGGUAUGCUCAUUUAAUCAGAUUAUCUUAUCCAAAAGAACUUGAAUUAGAUCUGAAUCG